AUGGCGAAGACAACAGAUACGUCUAAUUUGGAGGCAGCUGCAAAGAGUUUAAAACUUAAUGAGUUGUUUGAACAAUUUUUUAUAAACCAAGAAACAUCUAAUUAUCAUAGUUAUUGCAACCAAGUAAAAAAGUAUGAUAGCAGACAUGAUGGAGUCAGUGACCUCUGCAAAAAACUAGUAGGAUUUUUAGAAAAAAUUCCACAAACAACUGAUAGAACCAUGCGUAAUAAUUAUUGUGAGUACUUAAGUUAUUGGUUACAUGAUAAAGUAGGUGACAUAUACAAACAAAUUUCGGAAAAAACGGAUGAUAUACCAUUUUUUAAAGAUCUUAUUAACGUAAUGAUUGAGGUUAAUGGUCACAUUAAAAAAAAUAAGUGUACAUUAGAAUAUAACUAUAAUGUUAGUUUAUAUGAAUGGAAAAAUAGGAAAUUAUCUUACAUUUACUUAAAAAAAUAUGACGAUAUUAAAAAAAUUAUUAGUGCCGGAACUAAAGAUAAUUGUAAUAUGCAUAUUACCUAUCUUAAUAGCAUUAAUACAUUGUAUAAAAAGUAUAAGAAAGAUGAUUGUAAACCUGUCUUCCUUUGGUAUAUUGGUCCAAAUUAUGCUGAUUGUUCUUCUACGUAUAGUCCAGAUAAAUUAAUAUCUACAUUAACUCAUUGCAAUGAUGAACAACACAUAGAUAUUUUAGAUAUUGGUGUGGGACAAUCAGGAAAUAGAGAAGUUUUAGAAAAUGGACAAUCUGAAAAAGAUUCAAGUCUAUCAGAUUCAGAUCAAGCAGAUUCAUCAAGUUCAUCAGAUGUACCACGUCAAUUACAUUCACCAGGUUCAAUGGAUACAGAUGAUCAAUUAUAUUCACCAAAUUCAGAAGCAGAGGGUCCAGAUUUACAAAAUCCAUCAAAUUCAGGCACAAUAACAUUAGAAUCUUCAGGAGAAGUAGAAUAUAUAGAUAAUAGAGAUUCCAAGUAUUUUGAAACAGGAAUUUAUAUUCAAGAAGGGAGUUAUGGUGCCCAUCAUACUGUUUCUACAACUAUACUUAUGCCAUAUGAUAACACUGCUGUUUCUUCUAAUUUUUUACAAAGAAUAUAUAACAUAUUGUUUUCAAAGUACCUUCAUCACGUAAUCAUGGGUGCUUCUAUAGUUGUAGUAGUUAUCUUUCUCAUAUUUUUCUUUUCAUUUACUUCGUCAGGUUCGCAAUCAAAUAAAAGUGAAGAAAAAAAAAGAGAUUAUGAGUGGGAUUUUUGUGAUAGGGAUGAAGAAGAAUUUUCAGGAUGUGGAUCAGAAACACAACAUGCGAGCUCCCAAAUAAAUGACGUAUAUUUAUCGUAUCAACCUAGGCGUAAUUAUUAUGGUAAAUUAAGUAUAUGA